UUGUUUUCUGUUUCAACGAGGAUGAACAGACAUUUUCCCUUCUGCAGGAGGGCAACUGGAGGAGAAUGACUGGUAAAACCCAAACCAGCAACGUGACCAACAAGAAUGACCCACGCUCCCUCAACUCAAGAGUCUUUAUCGGCAACCUCAACACAGCCAUUGUCAAGAAGACCGACAUAGAGGUCAUCUUCGCCAAAUAUGGCAAGAUUGUGGGUUGCUCCGUGCACAAGGGGUAUGCCUUCGUACAGUAUUUGAAUGAGAGGAACGCCCGGGCAGCUGUGGCGGGGGAGAAUGCUCGAAUCAUCGCUGGACAGCCUCUUGACAUAAACAUGGCGGGCGAGCCAAAGCCAUACAGGCCUAAAGCGGGCUCCAAACGGCCGCUCUCAGCUGUUUACAGUGGAUAUGAAUUUGAUUACGAGUACUACAGGGAUGAUUUCUACAGCAGGCUUUUUGACUACCACGGCAGAGUGGCCCCCCCUCCCAGAGCUGUGAUCCCCAUUAAACGCUCCAGGGUCCUCGCUCCCUCCUCCCGUCGUGGGAAGACUUCCUUCCCCAUCAAAACAUCCUCCUCUUCCUCCUCUUCGUCCUCCAGACCUCCUACAUCAUCCUCCUCCUCUGGGCUAAAACCAGUGAAGACGGACCAACUCCAGACCAUUAAACGGGAGCUGACUCAGAUCAAGAUGAAGAUCGACUCUUUGCUGGGACGCCUGGAGAAGAUCGAGAAGCAGCAGAGAGCCGACUCUGAGGUUCAGAGGAAGUACGAGGACAACUGUGACUCACUGCAUGAGGAGUGUGUGUCUGAAACGGCUGAAAACUCUUUGGGAGAUGCCGGCGAGGGGGCGCUGGACGUGGAGGCAGGAGAGAUGACCGAUGGAGGCGAGGACGACUACGACGAGGAGGGCAGCCACCAUCUGAAUGAGAACCACGUAUCAGAUAUCGACAACUGAGAAAAGGAUGAGGCAGAAGACAGCUGGCGGUCGCUGGUAGAAUUCAUCAUCACCUUCAAGAGGCAGAUAAGAAUCUCUGGAGGAUUGAGACACCCAUUCUGGACUGUAAGUUGUGUUCAAGAGACGCUCAACCACAUUUAGACGCCCAAGAGUGCAGCACGAGCCAAGUGUGAUGUGCUCUGUGAAGAAAAUGUAUUCAAGACCCAUUUUAAUGCAUUUUGCCUCAUGGAUAUUUUGUGCAGUUUUUUUCAUUGCAGAAGACUGACAGAAGCAUUCACUAAUCCUGUUCCUGAAAAUAAAAGAUGGGAA